CACACUCUUUUUCGAAUUUCCGACGUACGUGCACGCACGGGCAUUUUUACUGUUAAACGUGAAUUCAGCUACAAAUCAACUAAAAUGGCUUUCGGUGAUGUGAAGACCCCACAGGGAUUGAAGGAGUUGAACAACUUCCUGGCCAACAGCAGCUAUAUUAGCGGCUACACACCCAGCAAGGCCGAUUUGUCUGUCUUCGAUGCCCUGGGCAAGGCUCCAGCUGGAGACAACGCCCAUGUUGCACGGUGGUACCGCCACAUUGCUUCCUUUGAGGCCGGAGAGCGUUCUGCCUGGACUGGCGCUCCCCUGCCCCAAUUGGCUGGUGGCAAACCCACAGUGGCUGCUCCGGCCAAGCCAGCUGCUGACGACGAUGAUGAUGUCGAUCUAUUCGGCUCCGACGAUGAGGAGGACGCUGAGGCCGAGCGCAUCAAGCAGGAGCGUGUUGCUGCCUACGCCGCCAAGAAAUCGAAGAAACCCGCCCUCAUUGCCAAGUCGUCGGUGCUGCUUGAUGUCAAGCCAUGGGAUGAUGAGACCGACAUGAAGGAGAUGGAGGCCAAUGUCCGCACCAUCGUAAUGGAUGGUCUGCUGUGGGGCGCAUCCAAAUUGGUGCCCGUCGGCUAUGGCAUCAACAAGCUGCAGAUCAUGUGCGUCAUUGAGGACGAGAAGGUGUCCAUCGAUCUGCUGCAGGAGAAGCUUGAGGAGUUCGAGGACUUUGUGCAGUCCGUCGAUAUUGCUGCCUUCAACAAGAUCUAAACUGAGAUUCUUACUAUUUUUCAAUAAAUCCAAGCAAAAGCAAAGCAACUAAAA